CAUUAGAGACACACAUAUGCACAAACACAGCAAGGCUUCUCUCCCUGCCCUGUGUGUCUGUGCUUUGCCCGGUGGAGAAACCCCCCUCCAGCAAGCGGCAGCUUCAUCUCCAGAGAUACACCACACACAGCAAGUAACCCGGGCAGCGGCGGCAGCAGCACCUCUCAACAAUAAGGAUUGCAGACACCAAAGAUGCUGACCAGAAAGAUAAAGCUCUGGGACAUCAAUGCGCAUAUCACUUGUCGCCUGUGCAAUGGAUAUCUCAUCGAUGCUACUACCGUAACCGAGUGCCUGCACACCUUUUGUAGAAGUUGCUUGGUGAAAUAUUUAGAAGAAAAUAACACAUGCCCCACAUGUAGAAUUGUCAUCCACCAGAGCCAUCCGCUACAGUAUAUAGGUCAUGACCGAACAAUGCAAGAUAUUGUUUACAAACUUGUGCCGGGGCUCCAAGAAGAGGAAAUUCGCAAACAGCGAGAGUUUUAUCACAAACUUGGCUUGGAAGUUCCAGGAGAUAUCAAAGCUGAAACCUGUACGGCAAAGCAGCAUGUGGAAACCAUCCGCAAUGGAGAAACAAAAACAGAAGAAAACACAGCUAAGGAUACAACAGAGGAAAAACAAGAGGAAGAUCACGACUACCACAGAAGUGAUGAACAGGUGAGCAUAUGCUUAGAAUGCAACAGCAGCAAAUUGCGUGGACUUAAGCGAAAAUGGAUACGAUGCUCGGCACAAGCGACAGUGUUACAUCUCAAGAAGUUCAUAGCCAAAAAACUUAACCUAUCAUCCUUCAAUGAGCUGGACAUUUUAUGCAAUGAAGAAAUACUUGGCAAGGACCAUACACUCAAGUUUGUUGUUGUCACACGGUGGAGAUUUAAGAAAGCACCACUCCUUCUGCAUUACAGACCGAAAAUGGACUUGCUGUAAAAAGAACUUCCUUGUCCAAUUUGGGCAGAGAUUUUGCAGAGACUAUCAUGGGCACCUCCACAGUGCGCCACGUUCCUCACCACAUGUGACCAGAACCAGCG